AAUAUUUCUACGUUCCUUGCGUGAGCAUUCAAAAUUCUAAGUAGAUAAUGCAAAUUCUAUUGGGGACAAAAUUACAACAAUGAGAACUUUUACUCGCUUAUAUGGCUGCUUAAUAAGGAACGCAGACAAAUUGGUUCCCCGACUUAUGCGGCCUCUGUGGCUCUCGCCCACGGGUCCACGCACAGUGUUUUUUUGGGGCCCUGUUGUGAAAUGGUGCGUUGUCCUGGCCGGUUUGGGCGAUGUCUUUAAUCGUCCUCCGCAUCUUAUAUCCAAGAGGCAAACUCUAGUUUUGGCGUUCAGCGGGGCUUUGUGGUCGCGCUGGUCCAUGAUUAUCCGGCCAAAAAACCAUAGCUUCAUGCUUUGUAAUGCCUUUCUUUCUGUGUCCCAGUGCCUGCUCCUUUGGAGAAGCAUGAACCACAAUCCGGACUCGGAAUGGAAAAGGUGGCGAGAUUCUCUAGAAGAGACAACAAAGAAUUAAUCGAAGCCGAGUGCAAGCAGCUGCUCAAUUGAUUCAAUGGGAUAUACUGACCACUACGGUGAGAGUGCUGAGUCCAUCUCGCUGCACGUGGACUGUGGUGGCCUGACCCUCGGCGAUGGCUAUCUGGAAUUAUGAAAUGGAUACUUUUCUUUAAUAAAACCAGUGUGCAAUGGUACCGCGUAACGGGAA